AUGAAUUUUGCACUAGAAGAUAAAUCAGUAACUGUUGCACCACUUGUUUUAUUAUCUGUUUUGGAUCAUUAUGAACGUACCAACACUAAGGGACAUAAAAGGGUUUUAGGUGUCAUAUUAGGCGAGAACAAUCAUAAUUCCAACAUUGUAAGAGUAACUAAUUCAUUUGCAUUACCCUUUGAAGAAGAUGAAAAAAACUCUGAUGUUUGGUUUUUGGACCAAAACUAUAUUGAACAAAUGAUGGAAAUGUGUAAGAAAAUCAACGCAAAGGAAAAAUUGAUCGGUUGGUAUCACAGUGGACCUAAAUUAAGAGCCUCUGACUUAAAAAUCAACAAUCAAAUUUUUAAAAAAUAUGCUAGUCAGCCAGUGCUUUUAGUAGUAGAUGUUAAACAACAAGGAGUUGGUUUACCAACAAAUUGUUACAUAGCCAUUGAACAAAUUAAAGAUAAUGGUUCAAGCACUGAAAAGACGUUUAUUCAUUUACCUUCUUCUGUAGAGGCUGAAGAAGCUGAGGAAAUUGGUGUAGAACAUUUGUUAAGGGACUGCCGUGACCAAGCAGCUGGAGGGUUAUCCAUUAAGCUAACAAAUCAAUUAAAGUCUUUAAAAGGUUUACAAAGGAAAUUACAUGAUAUUAUAUUAUAUUUAAAUAAAGUAAUCGAAGGUAACUUGCCUGUAAAUCAUGCUAUUUUGGGUAAAUUACAAGAUGUUUUCAAUUUAUUACCAAAUUUGGGAUCUAAUGAGGGGGAUGCUGUAAUUAAUGGUCUUGCCACUGGCACCAUCACUAAUAGUGAUGACACCACUACCAACAAUUUGCGCAAAGCCUUAACUAUUAAAACUAAUGAUGAAUUAAUGGUUAUUUAUAUUUCUCAGUUGGUUAGAGCAAUUGUAUCCUUUGAUAAUCUAAUUGAAAAUAAAAUACAAAACGCUAAAUUAAAUAACAAGGAAAAUAAAAAGGAGAACGAUAAGGACACAGAAGAAGAAAAAGUUGAUGAUGUAGAGGAAGCAAAUAAAGACUCAAAGAAAAGUGAUGAACUGGAGAAAUCAGAACAAAAAAAAUAA